GAAACUCUUACACUCGACGAACAAAAUAGUAUGCACUGAUGCGACGUAACAAAACGACUUAUUCGUUGCUCCAAACGAUUCUGGUAGCUUGUCUACUGACUGUUACUCCAACUUUCGCCAGCAACAAGCCGACAACGGAUGAAAGUGGAACCAUCUCACACACAAUAUGUGAUGGUGAAGCUGCUGAACUGAGUUGUCCUGCUGGAAAAGUAAUCUCGAUUGUCCUAGGAAACUAUGGAAGAUUCUCUGUCGCUGUUUGCCUUCCUGACAAUGACAUCGUUCCAUCCAACAUCAACUGCCAAAACCACAAGACAAAGUCAAUUCUGGAGAAGAAGUGCAAUGGAGACUCAAUGUGCUACUUCACUGUCGACAAGAAGACGUUCACCGAGGAUCCGUGUCCAAAUACACCAAAAUAUCUGGAAGUGAAAUACAAUUGUGUUGUUCCUGCUACCACGACGACUACAACCACAACUACAUCAACUACUACAACCGAUAGCAGUUUGAUUGUGGACGAAGAAGAGGAGGCUCAAAAGGAUGCCCUCAAUUCGGACGUUAUAAAACCAGUGAAAAAGAAGGAAGAUGUGUUUUGUUCGGCAACCAAUCGACGAGGAGUUAACUGGCAGAAUACAAAAUCUGGUACAACAUCAAGUGCACCAUGUCCUGAAGGAUCUAGUGGAAAACAGCUUUGGGCCUGUACGGAAGAAGGGCAAUGGCUCACAGAAUUUCCAAAUAGUGCUGGAUGUGAGAGCAACUGGAUUUCCUCAAGAAAUAGUGUUUUGAGUGGUGUUAUUUCGAGUGAGGAUGUCUCUGGAUUACCGGAAUUUCUUCGAAAUCUUGGAUCUGAAACACGGCGGCCGAUGGUUGGAGGUGAUCUUCCGAAAGUUCUACAUCUUCUCGAAAAAACUGUAAAUGUGAUUGCUGAAGAAAGUUGGGCUUAUCAACAUUUACCACUCUCUAACAAAGGAGCUGUCGAAGUAAUGAACUACAUGCUCCGAAAUCAAGAAAUUUGGGGAAGUUGGGAUGUAACAAAGCGAAAAGAAUUUGCAUCUCGAUUCAUUUUGGCUGCUGAGAAAGCAAUGGUUGCAUCUGCGAAAGGAAUGAUGACAUCGGCAGAAUCGAAUGUGAUUGUGCAACCAGCGAUCACUGUUGAAAUUUCACACAAAAUAAAGAUGUCGUCACAGCCAACAGACUACAUUUUAUUCCCGUCAGCCGCUUUAUGGAAUGGGCAGAAUGUUGAUAAUGUAAAUAUUCCACGAGAUGCUAUAUUGAAGAUCAACAAAGACGAGACUCAAGUAUUUUUCUCUUCUUUUGAUAAUCUCGGAGCACAAAUGACACCUUCUGAUGUUACUGUAGCUAUCGCUGGAACUGAUCAAACUGAAGUUAGAAAACGGCGCGUCGUCUCAAGAAUUGUUGGAGCAUCUUUGAUUGAAAAUGGAAAAGAGAGACGAGUUGAGAAUCUGACACAACCAGUUCGGAUUACAUUCUAUCACAAAGAAUCGUCAGUCCGUCAUUUGAGCAAUCCGACGUGUGUCUGGUGGAAUCAUCAUGAACUGAAAUGGAAACCUUCUGGAUGUAAACUCAGUUAUCAUAAUAAGACAAUGACGUCAUGUGACUGUACUCAUCUCACACAUUUUGCUGUUUUGAUGGAUGUACGAGGACACGAUCUGAAUGAAAUCGACCAAACGCUUCUCACUUUGCUGACUUAUGUUGGAUGCAUUAUCUCGAUUAUUUGUCUUCUACUCACUUUCUUCGCCUACUUGAUUUUCAGCAGAAAUGGAGGUGACCGAGUAUUCAUCCACGAGAAUCUUUGCCUCUCACUGGCCAUCGCCGAAAUCACAUUCUUGGCUGGAAUCACACGAACAGAAGAUUCACUACAAUGUGGAAUUAUCGCCGUCGCAUUGAUGUACAUGUUCUUAUCAGCACUUACAUGGAUGCUUUUGGAAGGAUAUCACAUUCAUAGAAUGCUCACUGAAGUUUUCCCAUCAGAUCCUCGCCGUUUCACAUACCUACUCGUCGGCUACAUUCCACCAGCAAUCAUCACACUUGUGGCCUACUUGUACAAUUCUGAUGGAUUUGGAACUCCCGAUCAUUGCUGGCUUAGUACUCAAAACAACUUCAUUUGGUUCUUUGCGGGUCCGGCUUGCUUCAUCUUCUGUGCCAACAGUCUUGUGCUCGUUAAGACUUUGUGCACAGUUUAUCAGCACACAAGUGGAGGAUAUCUUCCAUGUCGUCACGAUGUUGAUUCUGGAAGAUCGAUUCGUAACUGGGUCAAAGGAUCAUUGGCGUUGGCGAGUUUGCUAGGAGUGACAUGGAUAUUUGGACUUUUCUGGGUUGAAGACUCACGAUCCAUCGUAAUGGCAUAUGUAUUUACGAUUUCAAAUUCUCUUCAAGGACUCUUCAUUUUCCUAUUCCACGUCGUCUUUGCUGAAAAAAUGCGUAAAGAUGUUGGACAUUGGAUGUAUCGACGUGGAUGUGGAGGAUCAAGUAAUUCAUCACCAAAUCACAAGAGACAUAAUGUUCAACGAGAUUUAAUGUCACCUGGAGUAAAUAGUUCAACUGGAAGUGAUUUCCUGUACAACACGAACGACAAGUACCUGACCAACUCGGAUACUACGAAUCGAUUGGUAUAUAAUGGAAUAAUGAAUCAUCCUAAUCAAAUGUCCGUAUAUCAACAACAUCCACAUCAUCAAAUUUAUGAACAACAACCGGGAACGUAUGAUUAUGCAACCAUCGCAUAUGGAGAUAUGAUGCCUGGACAUCGUGUUGCUGCUCCACCGGCUUAUCAACGACUUGCCGUUGCCGAAGGUCGGUACGGUAGCCAACAUCAACUCUACCAAGGAUGGCAUCAUCGUCCUCCUCCAGAGUUCUCACCCCCACCACCCCCACUGUCAACUGGACCACCGAACUCGCGUCACUAUGGGACUGGCUCCAGUGGACGACGGCCGCCGAGCUCAAAGAUGAGUGAUGACUCUGCAUAUUCGGAUGGGUCAUCAUCGAUGUUGACAACUGAAGUGACACCACAAGGACAGACGGUGCUUCGAAUUGAUUUGAACAAGCCGAGCAUGUAUUGUCAAGAUUUAUAGUCUCCAUAUCUUUGAUGCGUGUACAUUCUCCCUUUUUCUCCAUACCGGUCGAUCAUUUUAAUUAGUUUUAUGUAGGUGUCUUUUAAUUCUUAAAGAAACUUCUUUUUUCUCUCUCAUCCUCCAAUGUUCGGGUAUUCCCCGUUGUGACAUUUCUCUUUCUCUUUAAUUCUUUGAUCAUUUUUGAGCCAUGUCAGAAAUUACCUCGACCCCAUAAGCUUUAAGCACGCUUUCAGAGAAUUAAUGUAAUACUGGUUUAAUAUGAAUUGUAAUAAUUUGUUUUAUGAGUUUACUCCAUCACACAUGUUUCUAAAUUUUAAAUGAGAUAUUUAAAAGUAUAGAUUCCACAUUCUCAUUCUCGAAAUCACGUCCCCCGUUGUGCUCAUUCCCGCCGGUAGUUAUUGAAUUUUGUUGUAGAGAUUACUGUAUUUUACUUUUCUUGUUAUUUUACCUCCGUAACAUGCAUUUUAUCAUCAAUAAUUUAAUUUUUGUCAUAUGCAUUUGCCGAUUAAUGUCGUAAUAAAUUGAAUCAAUUAAA